AUGGGCAUCAAAUCUAAAAUCGCCGUCUUCGUCGACUGCAAGUCGUCGAAGACUCACUCAAAUAAAAGCUCCUCUCGACGUCCAUCCAACUCCCAAUCAGCCGCUAGCUUUCAACAACGCAGCCAAGAAGCCCCUGAAGAAGAAAUGGAAGCCGCCACGCUGGUUGUGUACGUUGGUCCUCCAGGGCGCUUCGCAGACAAAACUCGCUUCAUCUGCUCUCUCUGGUCGAUAAAUCUCCUCCUACCAACCCUAACCAUUGAACCAGUAUUGCUAAACGAAGGAAAGCGCGAUUACCCCGAAGUCAUCAUAAACAUGGACGCUGGAAUUUUUCAACUGCUCCACGCCUGUGUCUGUGCUUCAGAAGGAGUAACUCAGAAGAAAAGCAAGAACCUUACUCUGUUCGCCAAACUGUGGGCAUUUGCCGACGGCAGUAUCAGCGAAGCGCUGAUGGAAGAUAUAAGUGCCAAAGUGACAGGAACCAUCAAGCGCGCUGGAAUCCAUGAACUUCAGGAAGUCAUGAGAUUCGUCUGCUCCCAAGACCACAGAACAAAUAGCAAGGUAGCGAGGAUGCGCGACGUGCUUGUAGGCCGACUUGCUGUUCUCGGGAUGGAUUCGUACAGACUCGACGAUGGCCUCGUUCCCCCAAGCUUACUCGGGGAUGUAAUGGUCUCUAUGGAUGUUCUUCGACGUCCUCAAGAUUACCAAAAACAGCCAUCGCAGCCACGGGUUCGAAGACCGCUCGAAAAAGCUAAGAACUGUAACCAAAUUGUCUGGCAAGAGCUUCUGAAGGCUGUGGAAUCACCUCCUGCUUCAGUGCAGAGAUGA